CCGAGGUCUGUACAAAAUUUUGUUACUAUGGACAUGUUUGUUGACCUCUUGGAUUCGCAGUUACAGACGCCUGAGGAGUACGGCUUGUUGACGUCGCAGGAUGAAGGGUCCAUUCCUGUGGAGUCACACUUGAACAAGUUGAUUACUGCCGCCAGCGAUGCUGCCAAGGCGUCAAAUUUACUUCCUACGGAAAUUGACUACUCCGUCCUGGUGAAUGAUUCUUCCUUUAGCUCGCGUCUCUUCGGUCUCUCUAGUAAAUGCACAGAUACCUUUUCUGCUAUCGACCCUUUGUUUCGUAAAAUAGGCUUUGAGGACUAUGACGAUAUUUUGUCAACUCAGGCUUUGGAGGCGCUUUCAGAGGAGAUUUACUUGGGCUUGAGUGUUCAUCACAAUGACCCUCAGCAGGCUGUUUCUGACUUCUUGAAGGAUGAAAAUUAUCCUUCAAAGAUAAAGACUACCACUGAGAUAACAACUCAACGACAGGGCGGUAAUGUGGCUCGUAAGAAUCAAUCAAAUGACUUUGAAUCUCGCCUUGAUCACUUUCCUUUGGAAAUUCACUCGGAGUCGUAUAAGCGGGUCCGUAAACACCGGCAGCACCGAUGGAAUCACCUUAUAGACAACUUCUCUCUGCGCUUAUUGCAGCGUCGACGUUUCCCUAAAUUCAACCCGCUUGACCCAAGCGGUAGUGGGCUUGGUAUUCGUACUGAUUAUCCAGGUCCUGUGGAAUCAGAUCCUGGUCUAGAACGUCGAUUUGUGCCUAAGGUAUAUCCUAGUUAUGACUACCUUGAGGGUUACACCUACCCUAAGGAACGGAUGCCGGCCUUAACGCACCCUUACAGUGCUGAGCUGAAUGCUCUUGAUUGGAGUACUAACUUUGAACGUCAUUCCCACCGUGGUUUCAAGACACUUGGUGGAGGUAGUCUAAUGGACCCUCAUAUUAACUUUACGGGUCCUUCUGGUUCUUGUAAAAGGUGCAAGCUAGUCCAGACUCUUGAAGAGCUUGAGUCUAUGAUUACUUUACUAAAGAAGUGUUCUAUAGUGGCUAUUGACGUAGAGCAUCACAGCACCCAGAGUUACCGUGGUUUUGUAUGUCUGGUUCAAAUUACUGGUGCCGACGAUGACUGGGUGAUUGACCCAUUCAGCAUCUUUGACGAGAUGUGGCGCCUGAACGAUGUGACCACUGACCCUAGAAUACUGAAAGUCAUGCAUGGAGCAGAAAGUGACAUUCUAUGGUUACAACGUGAUUUUGGAGUGUAUGUAGUUAACCUGUUCGACACCCUAAAGGCUGCGGAUGUCCUGUGUCUAAGUUGCGGUCACUCCCUAUCAUCGCUGGUCAGGCAUUUUCUGGGUAUUCAUUUGGACAAAUCAUACCAACUGGCUGAUUGGCGUAUAAGACCAAUUCCCCGAGAUAUGUUGACGUAUGCUACCGCGGAUACGCAUUACCUCCUUGAUCUGUACAGUGCCUUGAAGAAUACGGCACUUGAACAGGACCUCAAGUACAACAUCCCCGGUAUGGUUGGUUGUUUUGACAACCACAUCUGGCGUAUCAUGCUGGCCAGCAAAAAGGUGUGUCUUCGCCAAUAUCGUGAUCCUGUGUUCAAUGAAAUACCUCGUGCUUUUCAGGCACUACGUAAAAACCGUCAGUGCCCUAGCAAAGUGGACAGCCUGUCUCUCAACAUGAUGCUAAACUUGAUAUCGUUCCGCAACUAUGCAGCAAGGGUGCUUGACGAGAGUGAUUCAUUCCUAUUCCCCGACUACGCUGCUGUGAUAGUGGCAAUGGCAGCUGAUUCAAAGAACACUGCCGAGAAUUUCUAUCGUGCAAUGGUUCGUCGGCUACCCCUGCUGGACCAGGAGAUUCCUUAUUUACUCAAGUUGAGGAACACUCUAGGUGAUACUUUACGGAUGAUAAGUUCCAGCGGUUUAACCCUCACCGAGCCAGUGUCGCUAUCGAGUAUCAAUAAUAUAUUGAAUUCUGGGAAAUCGGUUUCCCUUGGGAAGCACAAGUUUGCUUCUCCUAGGAGAAACCAAACUAGGAAACGGCAAAGUCAAUAUGGAAAUCGUAAACGUGAAGGUAUCAUUGAGAUCAGCAACAGUUUGCAAAAGCCGCUCACGUUAGAGUCCCAAAAUGCUCUUUUGUCUACUAGGUUUUCAACUAAUCAUGUAAAGCCACCCCCUAGGCCCAUCCCUAGGACCACCCCUGUGAUGAGCAGCAAGAUGCAAGCUACCAAUGCAUUGCUCUCAUCAAAUAACUACUUGGUCCCUCUUGGUAUCACUGAGAUGAGCUUAAAUGAGAUAAUGAGGGAUUUAUCAGCUGGUGGUGUUAGGUUGUAUAAUAGGUCACGUCGUGGGUUACGCCGGGGCAAAGUUAACAUAACCCCUAAGGGUACAUCGGAAGAACCAAAUCCUCCCAAAGAGAGGGUUGUUAGGGAUCGCGGUUACAGGCGCAAUGCAUACCGGGACAAGGCAAAUAUGGAAAGUGCCACCGGGUCUAAGAUAGACAGUGGUAUUGACAAGCGUGCUGUAACGAACGCUGAACCCGUUACUGAGGAUGUUGAAAAGUCUGAAGAAGACGCAGGAACGCGUACAAGGCGUCGUAGACGUCGUCGUCCUCGUAAUUCUGGCAAUCGUUUGGAUAAAGAAGUGGUGGCUCAAGGUAAUGAUGUGUGAUACCCAAAUAGUGGUAUUACUUGUUACACAUCCCGUGUUCUAGGGGAUUGCUUGUCUAAAUGACACAAUUGUUCCCAAUAGUGGACGUCC